AUGUGGGGUCCCGUCUCCAACGUGUGGAGUCAGGAGGUGUACGGGCCCUUUCUCUCCGUCCGGGUUGGGCGGUAUGGUUGGAGUUCCAAGUAUGUUUGGGAGGGUGAGUGGGCUCUCCCCAGUGCCUGUUUGUGUGUCUGUGAUGAUGUGGACUGCCCGUAUAUGGUGUUGCGGGUUGCGCUCUUGGGGGGGACGUGCCGGAAGUGUUUGGAGGUGCGGAAGAAGUUUUGUGUUGCUCUGUGUGCUCUAGGUUCAGGCCGCUGCGGCGGGUCAGCAACUAAGCGCGCCCCAGUGAACGGGGGUUGUCAGUUUGCUGAUCGCCUCGCUGCGCUGUGGUAUCAGGCGCAUAAGAACCCACCGCUACGCCUCACGAAGACUAGGGGGCUGUGUUGGGUUGAUACGGGUGGGUUCCUGGGUGUGGAUCGAUGGGUCGGGGUCUCGGUAUUCUGUUCCAGUCUUCUGGUUAAGGUUCGAGAGAAGUUCAAAAUAGACGAGUACACCCCACUUCAGGUCACAGAUGAGGACGGUGUGGAAGUGGACGAAGAUGUGUUUCCAGACCUGGCGAUCAGAGAAAUUGGUUUCCUCAUAUCGGCAAAGGAAUAUCCUGAGCCCCUGGUGGGAGGUGAGGGGAUGGAGGAGGAGGAGGAGGAUCAGGCCAUCGCCGGCCCUUCUGUCUCUGAUCCUGAGCCCCUGGUGGGAGGUGAGGGGAUGGAGGAGGAGGAGGAUCAGGCCAUCGCCGGCCCUUCUCUCUCUGGGACUUCACACAUGGACCAGGAGAGGCCGGGUCCAUCCGUGACUUUGGAGGCUUUCCAGAGGCUGGAGGCCCGCCUCAGCAGCCUGGAGCGCUCACACGCGCUUCUUUUGAACAAGUGGCGGCCCCUCCAGGCUGCCCCGGCUCCCGUGGCCCCCACGUCCGCUCAGAAGGGGGAGCACGUGGGCAAGGUCCAGAAUGCGGACUUCCUGUAUGAAUCCCUCGUGGAGGACUACAGGCUGUUCCGGCUCGGGGCGCGGACCAGGACCAAAGACAUAGACAAUGCCAAGCAGUCAGCCAGCCACUCCCUGAGGUUCUGCCGGUACAUGGCCCAGGGAGUGCCGGCUGACUGCCUGACUAGGAGCCUCAGGUUCCUCAACCGAAUGGACCACCUCCGUGGAUACCCGACGUACCUGGUGACGAAGGGAUAUAAAAGCACCACUAUCAAGAACAUGAUCACAAAUGUGAUCAUGUUCCUCCGGCACGUGAGCAAGCGCUUCCCGCGCCAGACCCGCCUGAGGCCCGCUGAAGCCUCAAACAUAGAGUAUGAGCUUCAGCGGAUCCAGCGGGACAUCGCGCGGGAAGUGCUUGUGCACCGUCAAAAAGUUCUCAAGAAGAAGUCAGGAUACGCGAAGAGUUCACAGAUCCUGAAGGCCAGUGCGUUGGCUUUCUGUCCUGGUCAGCCGCUGUAA